CCCCGCCCGCCCCUUAGCUGCACAGGCCCGGCCCCUUAAAGAGACACGCGCCCGCCGCGCCUCCGCCGCCAGUCGGCGAGCAGGCAGCUGCCGGUAGUCCUCUGAGAGGAGCGGCGCGGGGGGGCAGCUGUGCGAAACCCGCCGACCCGGCCCGACUUCGCCUGCGACUUCCCGGAACGAUAAGCCCCGGGCCCUAGCGCUGUUGGCCCAGCUCGGGGCCGAAAGCUGCUGCGCCGCGACCCCUCCCUCAGGCUCGCUCUGGCGGCUGGGGCGCUGAGGUGUGACACGGCACGCCUCAGGGUUGUUUGCGGGCGAAAAGCCCGAACCCGCCCUGACUCUACGAGCCUUCCUGCCCCGCCGCCCUCGAAGACCUGCCCUCCCGGAGCGCCGGAGUCCUCAGCGGCGCCGAGGGCCCCUCCCCUGGGCUUGCGGGCUCUGAGAUGGAGUUCAUUCCUUCUUGUGCUGAAUCUACUUGUGUCUAAUCCGUGGACUGUUUUCUCAACCCAUCCUCUGAUUUAACCUUGUUCGUGGGAGAGCCCAGAGGACAUUCCGUUUAUGGAAGCAGUCAGGAAUGCACAGUCCAGUGAGGCAAAUGUUCGAUCCCAUUUUAUAGAGAAUCUGCAUGCAAGUCAAGGCUGAGAAGGACUGACACCUUUGCCAAAGAUCCACAGAAAGAGGCAGACCUGGCCUCAACUCCAGGGCCACCUACCACCCAAGUCCAUGUAUUAGCAUCAGACCACACUGCUUAUGAAAGAAGGAUGAGAGACACUUCCAACCUCACAGUGGCUGAUAGAUCUCUGGAAGACAGAAACAGCAUGAACUUAGUCAGAGGAGGAACAGAAAUAAUGUGUGUUGUAACUUUUUAUGGAAUUUUCAUCAGAACUGAGAAGUUAGCACUGAACUGCUUAGAUCUGCUGCAUGAAGCUGGUGGAUUGAUCAGCACAAAAGGUGCUGUGGUACAUCACCCAAAUUCCCCUUCUGGACUUACUAGGCUCUUCCCUCACUAGCAGCCCGUGGGUUCUAAUCACAGGACAUAGAGCUUCUGAAAUUCCAUACCAUGCUCCAUGCUUGACCUCAUCACAGCAGUGGUGCUCCUUCAAAAUUGUGGAGGAUCAUCCUUCUAUCCUUGAACACUGUAAACUCACUUGCUCCCUUUACUUCCUCAGAGAGUCACAGGUCAACUACUGCAAGAAUUUCCUUUAUCUUUACCCUGGCAUCUGCUUUCUUCUCUUUAGGAAGCUCUCCUGCUCUUAGACUGAAAACCUGGCUGCUCUGUGUCUAGACUGUAGAAAUUCCGGAGAUGAACAGUGCUGACGGUUGCACAACAAUGUGAAGGUGUGGCCUGGGGAACCAAGCCUCGAUCUCCCUGACACACGGGUUACCUGACAGCAGGACAGAGGGGUGACCGCCCUCCUGAAGAGGCAGGAGGAGGCCAGGACAUCCCGCCACCCGACGCCGGUCCUGCACAUGACAGUUUUCUGCCGUCAGCUCUGACCCAUGUCCUUUCACAAGGAAAAGGUGAUAAUGGGGUUGGAAACCGAGGCAGAGAAGCUCUCAUGCCUCACAGAAGGUGACCCUCUUGGGUGAGAGAACUACGCAGUAGGGAGGUGAGCCCGGGAGUCACCCUCAGAGUGGGGGCUUUGUCCACCACAACACAGCACUUCCCAAAGAGGCCGGCUCAUUAAGGGCACCUUGACACUCCUUCCACCCUGCACCCACAAAUGUGUCUUGCCUGCAAGCAGUGUGACCUCGGAAUGACCUCCCCGCUCUGAGCCUCAGUUUCCUUAUCAGUAAACGAGACGUUAACUCCCACCUCACAGAACCGCUGCCCUUCGGAAUCACGUGCCCAGCUUCUGUGUUACCACCUAGCACGAGCCAGUCGGCUACAGUGAACUGUCAGCUCUUCAAGACAGAUUUGUGUUUCUGUUGAUCCACUGACGUGUCCCAAGUGCUUCAAAAAGUGCCCGGCACGUAACACAAGGAGAAAGCGGCCAUCUACAAGUCAGGAAGACAGUUUUCACCAGGAACCAUUCCUGCUGGACCUUGAUCUGGGACUUCCAGCCUCGAGGAUUGGGGACCACAAAUUCAGUGCUCACCGGAUCGUCUUAGCAGCCUCUAUCCCGUAUUUCCAUGCUAUGUUUACAAAUGACAUGAUGGAGUGCAAGCAGGAUGAGAUUGUAAUGCAAGGAAUGGACCCAAGUGCCCUGGAAGCUCUGAUCAACUUUGCCUACAACGGCCACCUCGCCAUUGACCAGCAGAAUGUGCAGUCGUUGCUGAUGGGGGCGAGUUUCCUGCAGCUGCAGAGCAUCAAAGACGCCUGCUGCACGUUCCUCCGAGAACGGCUUCACCCCAAGAACUGCCUGGGCGUCCGCCAGUUCGCCGAGACCAUGAUGUGCGCCCUGUUGUACGACGCGGCCACCAGCUUCACGCACCAGCACUUUGUGGAGGUGUCCACGUCGGAGGAGUUCCUGGCGCUGCCCCUGGAGGAUGUGCUCGAGCUGGUGUCUCGGGACGAGCUGAACGUGAAGUCGGAGGAGCAGGUCUUUGAGGCCGUGCUGGCCUGGGUCAGGUACGACCGGGAUCAGAGGGGGCCCUGCCUGCCCGAGCUGCUCUCCAACAUCCGCCUGCCCCUCUGCCGGCCCCAGUUCCUGUCGGACCGCGUGCAGCAGGAUGACCUGGUGCGUUGCUGCCACAAGUGCAGGGACCUGGUAGAUGAAGCAAAGGACUAUCACCUCAUGCCGGAGCGCCGGCCCCACCUGCCGGCUUUCAGAACUCGGCCUCGCUGCUGCACAUCCAUCGCUGGGCUCAUCUAUGCCGUGGGGGGCCUCAACUCAGCAGCAAAUUUUUAUGCAGGUGACUCCCUGAAUGUGGUGGAAGUGUUUGACCCCGUCGCCAAUCGCUGGGAGAAGUGCCAUCCCAUGAGCACAGCCCGCAGCCGCGUCGGCGUGGCCGUGGUGAACGGGCUCCUCUACGCCAUCGGCGGGUACGACGGCCAGCUGCGGCUGAGCACCGUGGAGGUCUACAACCCGGAGACGGACACGUGGACGCGCGUGAGGAGCAUGAACAGCAAGAGAAGUGCCAUGGGGACGGUCGUGCUGGAUGGACAGAUCUACGUCUGUGGUGGCUACGAUGGCAACUCUUCUCUCAGCUCUGUGGAGACCUACUCACCUGAGACAGACAAGUGGACAGUGGUGACCCCGAUGAGCUCGAACCGCAGUGCCGCGGGGGUUACAGUCUUCGAGGGCAGGAUCUAUGUGUCGGGCGGCCACGACGGUUUGCAGAUCUUCAGCAGCGUGGAGCACUACAACCACCACACGGCCACGUGGCACCCGGCGGCCGGCAUGCUCAACAAGCGCUGCCGCCACGGGGCCGCCUCCCUGGGAAGCAAGAUGUUCGUGUGCGGGGGCUAUGACGGCUCAGGCUUCCUCAGCAUCGCCGAGGUGUACAGCUCAGUGGCGGACCAGUGGUGCCUGAUCGUGCCCAUGCUCACGCGCCGGAGCCGCGUCUCGCUGGCGGCCAGCUGCGGGCGGCUCUACGCCGUGGGGGGCUAUGACGGACAGUCCAACCUGAGCUCGGUGGAGAUGUACGACCCGGACACGGACCGCUGGACGUUCAUGGCCCCCAUGGCCUGUCACGAGGGCGGGGUCGGUGUGGGCUGCAUCCCUCUGCUCACCAUCUAAGGCACAGGGGUGGGCCGUGGUGGGGCAGGGAUCUGGUACAAACACGGGCAGCACUCCCUCCCGGGGACCGUCCCCCGGGGAGAGGUGCUGGACCAGACGACAGGGUGAAACGUGAGCUCGCCGGAGGUCCAGGUUUUCAGGUGCUUAAGUCCUCCCUUGCUGUUGCAGCCCUUGUGAUCUUCAGGCCUGGGUGACCAAGAUACACAGCGGGGAACAGAAGCCCCUCUGGGUCCGGCCGCCGGUGACACAGAGCAGCUUGGCUGGUCCAGACGUCUGCGGGCUCCAUCCAAGCCCACCUCCCAGCCGCCGCAGCGCCGUGAGCCGCCCCUCUGCAGAGGGCUUUCUAUCUGACAGUCCUUGCCCACCUCGCGCCAGCUGAAUCGUGGCCAGUUUGCAGUGGGCGGCUGCAGUGACCGAGGCUGCUGGAAACUGCGGGAUGUGGCCGGGGGAGAGGGGACACAGGCCAGAGGUCCUCACUUCACGCCUGCAGCAUGGCAGGGCCAGCCGCACACGGGCCCCUGCGCCUCCUUCCAUCCGAGGGCUCGGAGGAUUCUUGUCUACAUUGCUGAGCAAGCAGGGAGAACAGAAGCUUUUCCUGUGUCUAAUUUUGGGAUUGCCGUGAGGUCUUUUGCAUCUUAUUUGAGAGAAACCUAGGGAGAGGGGGAAAAAAAAAAAGAUACUUGAAGGAAACUGAAGGAAAGUUAAAGCAACACUUGAAAGAAACUGGAAGGGAAAAUAGUGUUUUCAAGCGAGCAUUUUUUUUUUUUUUUGCAAGAAGAAAACAAAAGACACUAAAGGCAGUUACACGUUUAAAUGGAAAACCGCCACCCGCCAUGAAAACAGUGGUGUCCGCUCCCAUGUUCUUCGGACCCCAGGGUCCCGAGGCCUCGCCGGGCGCGCGGGCUUCCCUCUGAGCCCCUGCGUGUCAGGAACCAGCACGCUGUCACCCAGUCCUGCAGCACGGUGCUCACGGGGUUUGUCUCCACACCCACUGUCAGAGGACUUUUUUAAUCGUAGGCUUAGCGAGUUGGCUGAGUUAUCGCCGCCCUUCCAGGUGAGAGCUCCCGGCUCGUCGCCGGGGGCUCCACGUGCCCUGGUGGUCCCCUCCUGCUGCCACCAUGGCGCACAUGCAGAGCACCUCCCCACUCGCGUUCCCCCCUUCCUUGACCAGCAGGAAACAGCAGGUCCGGCCAGAUGCUCAUUUGCCCACCUGUCCUUCUUGGAUAGUUUUCCUCAUCAUGACGCUUCUGAGGCACAUCGACCAUUUUGUACCUCGAGAAACUAACCAGGGACUUGGUCCUUCCACCAGCCCCGGGCUGGCUUGGUCCAGCCGCCUCCUCUCCCCCGCCAGUCCGCUGCUCCCCCAUCCACUCGCCAACUCCAAGGGUCUGGCCUCCCCUCCAGCCCUUGGCAGACAGACCAGCAAGGUGGACCUUUACACUCUCACAAAGCCGGCUUUACGCCCCAAAGAAGUAAAAGCCGAAAGAAUCUCUUGCUGCUGCAAAGAACGGAUUUUAUAUUUCUUCCUAUGAUCUUAGCAAAUGACCUUUCAAAGAGACUCCACGCUCCUCCUUCCCCCUCCCUGGAUAGGACCUUGACAUUGCACAGCGGGAAACCGACGAGAGGACGCUUCUGUGACCAGUGCACUGAGCAGGGGAGCUGGUCCUCAACUGCUGCUGCCAAAAUUAGGUUUUCCUAAAGUUCUUCCAGUAGAGACGUAAGAGAGGAUACGUUUCCAACGUGAGAUUGGGUCUGAGGGUCCCGGUCUCUACUUGGUUGGUCUCCUGCCCAUCGCCGCCUCUGCCUGGGUGUCCUGGAAGCCCAUUCAGAAAGGCACAAUGUGGCAUCUGAGACAUCUCUCCUACCCUGGGACCAGGAGGUUUACCAGUGUGUGCAAUCGCCAUGUUUCCAGAGGAAGUACCUUUGACACCUGCCACUUAGGUGGAGCUGGGCCUCUGCUGAAAGCACCCGAAAAUGAUGUUUUUAUUUUAAAAGACUUAACAACCUGAUCCAGUUUAAGCCCAGGCUCACAGUGGAGCUCCAGCACUUCUCACUCCCUGUCUGUCUGCCUCUAGAGGUAGACUCGGAAGGAGUGUGGGGUCCGUGUUUCCUGUUAAGAGAGGAGUUCCCAGUGCACAUCUUCUUAUAAGCCCCUUCCUUUUGUAAAUUUGCAACAGCACUGACAAGCCUGAGUUGUGAAUGUGUUAAGAAUCAGCAUGUGGGCCUCGCCAGGUCCUUAGGAUGCUGACCCCGAUUUUGCCAUUGGGGUUGAGAGCUCAGUCUCCCACGAUCCGCCGCUCUUGUGGUGGCCUUCCCGCACCUCCCUCCUCCCGGCGCGGAAGUUACACUGCCAGAAGUUACAGUGUUUCUGAGUAAGGUGAAGCCAGUGCUUUGACUUGGGCUCUGAGCACAAGCGCGCAGACACCAACAUUUUACGCUCCCCACAAUAGGUUCCUCAGUCCGAUGGUCCUAACUGUUCACAGGUGGCUGUCUGACCCUUUGGUGUUGCAGCCUUUCCAGGAAAACCAUGAAAAGAAAAGACGUCACCCAGAGAUACUGUGGAAAGGACAUGGGACAGACACUAUGAACAGUGAGCCUUGGGGUCCAGUCCAGCUCGGAGCAGAAGGCCGCGGCAUCAGCCGUCCUUGGGUAUUUAUUACCCUUAUAACACAAGGAGCCUUCUCUUCUGGGUUUCAUCUGAGAGCAAAGCCAGGAUGGGAGCUGAAGACCAGCCUUUUGACUUGGCCCCAGAGAUGUGAGUAGGUAGGAAUUCUGACUCUCCCUGCCCCCAAUUUAUUGUUUCCCAGAAAAUCUUCAUUCCUUUUAUUUAUAGAACGCAUGUCUUUUGUGUUAAGAAACCAAAGAGAAAUAAAGAGUUCACUCCUAAUA